UAGUUAUGUCAAAAACCUAGUCUUUAUUAUUAUUAUUCAAUCAAUUAACAGUUCAUCUUGACGAGUAUACGCCUUUAUUAGUCUACAGUUAGUGAUAAGCACGCUUGGCCUUCAUCAUUCCUUCCAACCCUCCAACUUUUCUCUUUCUCUCUCUAGACUCAUCGCUGUUAUUCACCUCCAUAGCCUGAAUCAUACCCAUCUCCCCCCUGAGCUGCAAUUGCCUGGCCACGAUCGAGAUUAGUCUUGCAUCAAUCGGCAGCUUGGAUCUGUUGACGCGUCUUCGUGUUCUCUUCUGAUCGGUUUCUUCUUUCACGGAUCAGAUUUUGACAAGAGAAGAACUUAUAACGAUCUACAGCUAGAAUGUCUGUUUCAAUGAGAGAUUUAGAUCCAGCUUUCCAGGGAGCUGGACAAAAGGCCGGGACUGAAGUAUGGAGAAUUGAAAAUUUUCGUCCGGUGAUUGUGCCUAAGUCCUCUCAUGGAAAGUUUUUUACAGGGGACUCAUAUGUCAUUUUGAAGACAACUGCUCUACGAAGUGGUGCCUUGCAUCAUGAUAUCCAUUAUUGGCUCGGUAAAAAUACCAGCCAGGACGAAGCUGGUGUUGCUGCUGUCAAAACUGUUGAACUUGAUGCAGCUCUAGGUGGGCGUGCUGUUCAGUAUCGGGAGGUACAAGGCCAUGAAACUGAGAAAUUCUUAUCUUAUUUCAAGCCAUGUAUUAUACCCCUAGAAGGUGGGGUAGCAUCUGGAUUUAAGCAUGUAGAGGAAGAAGAGUACAAGACAAAGCUGUUUGUUUGCAAAGGAAAGCAUGUUGUUCAUGUUAAAGAGGUUCCAUUUGCCCGCUCAUCACUCAGUCAGGAUGACAUCUUUAUCCUGGAUACAAAGUCGAAAAUAUUUCAGUUCAAUGGAUCAAACUCUUCCAUACAAGAGAGGGCAAAAUCCCUGGAAGUAGUCCAAUACAUUAAAGAUAAUUACCAUGAAGGAAAAUGUGACAUAGCUACUAUUGAGGGUGGAAAAUUGAUGGCUGAUGCUGAAAGUGGUGAAUUUUGGGGUUUCUUUGGUGGCUUUGCUCCACUUCCUAGGAAAACAACCCAUGAUGACGAUAACUCUAAAGAGGCUGCUCCCACCAAGCUAUUUAGAGUAGUAAAGGGGCAAGCAGUGCUUGUGGAGGCUGAUUCUUUGACAAGGGAUCUGUUAGACACCACAAAUUGUUUUAUUCUGGACUGUGGACUGGAAGUCUUUGUCUGGAUGGGUAGAAGUACUUCUCUUGAUGAAAGAAAAAGUGCAAGUGGAGCUACAGAGGAACAUGUCAGCAGCCUUAAUCGAAAAGAUUGUCAUAUAGUCCGUGUCAUUGAGGGUUUCGAGACAGUUAUGUUCAGGUCAAAAUUUGAUUCUUGGAAGCAAUCCUCUGAGGUAGCAGUAUCUGAAGAAGGAAGAGGAAAGGUUGCAGCACUUCUAAAACGUCAAGGAGUGAAUGUAAAGGGUCUACUGAAAGCUGCUCCUCCUAAACAAGAACCUCAGCCGUUUAUUGACUGCACAGGAAAGCUACAGGUUUGGCAUAUAAGUGGGCAGGGAAAGACUCUCCUUUCAACCUCUGCUCAAUCAAAAUUUUAUAGUGGAGAUUGUUACAUCUUUCAAUAUACUUACCCAGGAGAAGACAAGGAGGAAUAUCUUAUAGGGACCUGGUUUGGCAAGCAAAGUGUUCAGGAAGAUCAAGCUUCAGCUGUUUCUCAGGCUAGCAAGAUGGUCGAGUCCCUUAAGUUUCAAGCUGUCCAGGCACGCUUUUAUGAGGGCAAUGAACCGAUUCAGUUCUUGUCUAUCUUUCAGAGCUUUGUUGUUUACAAGGGUGGUAAGAGUGAGGCAUACAAGAAGUACGUUUCAGAGCAAGAACUCCCAGACAAGACAUAUUCAGAGGAAGGACUUGCACUAUUUCGUCUUCAGGGUUCAGGGCCUGAAAAUAUGCAAGCAAUUCAAGUUGAACCUGUGGCAUCGUCUCUAAACUCCUCCUAUUGCUACAUACUGCACGAUGGUUCUACAUUGUUUACGUGGUCUGGAAGCCUUACAACCUCAGUGGACCAGGAACUUAUUGAGAGGCUGCUGGAUGUGAUAAAGCCAAACAUGCAGUCCAAACCACAGAAAGAAGGUGUAGAGUCUGAACAAUUUUGGGAUUUGCUGGGUGGAAAAUCUGAAUAUCCCAGCCAAAAGCUUGGAAGAGUUGCUGAAGGUGAUCCUCAUUUGUUCACAUGUGCUUAUACAAAAGGAAAUCUAAAGGUGACAGAAAUAUAUAACUACAGUCAAGAUGACUUGAUGACAGAAGAUAUAUUUAUCCUGGACUGCCAUUCAGAUAUUUUCAUCUGGGUUGGCCAAGAGGUCAAUUCCAAGACUAAGAUUCAGGCAUUGAGUAUUGCAGAGAAAUUUAUUCAGUGUGAUUUUCUUCUGGAUAAACUAUCUCAUGAAGCUCCAGUUUAUAUUGUAAUGGAAGGAAGUGAACCACCUUUCUUCACACGGUUCUUUGAAUGGGACUCCUCAAAAUCUUCAAUUCCUGGAAACUCAUUUCAGCGGAAACUUGCUAUGGUCAAAAGUGGGGGUGCUCCACCUUUAGAUAAGCCUAAAAGGAGGGUAACAGUGGCAUACAGCGGACGGUCCAGCACAAUUCCUGAUAAAUCCCAACGUACUCGAAGCAUGUCAUUCAGUCCUGAACGAGUAAGAGUGAGGGGAAGAUCUCCAGCCUUCAAUGCAUUAGCUGCUAACUUUGAGAAUGCAAAUGCAAGGAAUCUUUCAACACCUCCGCCAAUUGUGAGAAAGAUUUACCCAAAGUCUGUAACUCCCGAUUCCACAACCGUGGCUCCUAGAUCAUCUGUCAUUUCUUCAAUCGGUUCAACAUUUGAAAAACCUUCUCAACAAACUAUUAUACCACGCGUUGUCAGAGUGCUUCCCGAAGUCUCUAAGCCAAAACCCGAGACAAAUUCUAAGGAUAACCCUAUAAGCAGCAAAAUAGAUGUCUCAACCAUACAGGAAGACGUAAAAGAGAAUGAUGCUGAAGAUGAUGAUGGGCUGCCUGUAUACCCGUAUGAUCGACUUAAAACGACAUCAACAGAUCCGAUUGCAGAAAUUGACAUCACCAAACGAGAGACAUAUCUGUCUUCUCAAGAGUUCAGGGAGAAAUUUGGGAUGACAAAAGAUGCUUUUCUUAAACUGCCAAAAUGGAAGCAAAACAAACUGAAAAUGUCCCUUCACUUGUUUUGAUCCCGGUCAAUGCUCUCUACUGGUUUUUACAUUUACUUUGGGAGUGGUGGGUGUCCAAGGGAUUGCUGCUGCACCUGUGUGUGUUUAUUUAUUUAUUUUGCUGAUUCUGUACUGAGUGAUAUUCUCGUACGUAGUCGUUGAUCAAGGAAGGAAGGAAGGUCGGCCUGAGUUUUGUAUUUCUUGUCUCCAUCUAGCAGUCUCAAUGAUAUGUAGUGGUAUUUCUUUGGUUUCAGUCUAUUUGCUUUUAACUGCUUGGCAUUCAUUCAUAUUAUUGUUGUGAGUGCGAUUUUUGUGUGCUUUCACAUUUGUAUUUUUAUUUCAUAACCAUUUAUUUCAAUUGGAGCGAGUUGGGCCCAGCUUGGAUAUAUUAUAUACACUCUCAGUUUGUACAGAGUAACAGUCUUGUGUUGUGUAAACUGUGAACAAGAAGAGGUUGGUACUUAUUUGGUCAUUAAAGCUUGAAUCAUUUUUCUUUUCAUUCCA